CAGAAAAAUCCACAGUGUUCAGAAAGUGGGUCCCACUGCAACGGCCGGACCCGCAAGAGAAUUAUUAGGUCAUCGGCGAAAAGAAAAAACAGUUAUAUAAAAAAACUCCACGCGGCAAAUCGUUUUUCUCUCUCUCUCUCUCUCUCACUCGCAUCAGAAUGGACUUGCGUGCACCCACCAGUAAUAAACGACGCCGUCAAGGUCUUUGAGUGCACACGCGACACAUUUCAACAUGCCCGAGUCAGGCUUUAUUUUUGUUACCACUGAGAGAGAGAUUCUUCUACACAAACCAGCGAAAAAGCGAAAGCGCAUUCCUCGUGAACACACGCAUCUCCAUCUCUGAUUCUGCCGAGCUUAAAUAGCCUGCGACGCACCUUACGCGGAGCUCGACAUUGCAAAGCGCCUGAUACUGAGAGAGAAAAGAGAGGGAAGAUAAUUGAUCGGAGAAUGACGUCGGAUGGAGCCACGUCUGCGGCGACGGUGGCGCGGAGGAAGCCGUCGUGGAGGGAGAGAGAGAACAACCGGAGGAGAGAGAGGCGGAGGAGAGAGAGGAGUAGGAGAGCCAUAGCUGCGAAGAUAUUCGCAGGGCUCCGAGCUCAGGGCAACUUCAAUUUGCCCAAGCACUGCGACAACAACGAGGUGUUGAAAGCUCUCUGCCUCCAGGCUGGCUGGACCGUCGAAGACGACGGCACCACCUAUCGCAAGGGAUUGAAGCCAACCCAAAUUGAUACACCAGGCACAUCAACCAUGAUCAGCCCUUACUCUUCUCUAAAUCCUAGUCCAAUCCCAUCCUACCAAGCCAGUCCUUCGUCGUCUUCCUAUCCAAGCCCAAGCCGUUUCGAUCCCAGCACUAAUUCAUCCAAUCCCAGUCACUAUCUGCGCUCUGCAAUUCCUUCGUCUCUCCCUCCUCUGCGAAUUUCCAAUAGUGCCCCUGUAACCCCACCGCUCUCAUCCCCAACCUCCAGAAACCCCAACCCAAUUCCAAACUGGGACUCCAUUGCUAAACAGUCCAUGGCCUCUUUCGAUUACCCGUUUUAUGCUGUCUCUGCUCCGGCAAGCCCUACCCGUCACCAGCUCCAUUUUCCAGCUGCUACCAUUCCCGAAUGUGACGAGUCUGAUACUUCCACUGUUGAUUCUGGGCAAUGGGUUUGCUUCCAGAGAUUUGCUCCUUCUCUGUCAGCAAUGCCAGCCUCUCCCACCUUCAAUCUUAUGAAGCCUGUUGUUGCUCACCAAAACUUGCCUGACAGUGAGAUCCCAGAGGUAAAGCCGUGGAUUGGAGAGAAGAUUCAUGAGGUGGGAUUGGAUGAUUUGGAGCUCACACUUGGAAGUGGUAAGCCUCGAAGUUAAGCCCAGCAAUUGGGUGGGGGGGUUUGGAUUCAGAGUGUGAGUUGCUGAGUUAUGAAGGAAGAGAAAGAAAAGAGGUUGUACUUGUUCAUCUGCCACAACCCUUUCUGGGUCAAACUGCAUAUCUCGAACCAUACUUGGUUAUAUUGCUUGCAAGAAAAUAGAUUUCGUUUGCGAUUUAAGUUAAUUUUAUUCCUUCUGUCUCAAUUCGAAUUUGUUUGGGAUGUUCUCAGCUUCAGAAUAUUGUGUACCGUUUCUUGUUCAAAUUAACAGUUCUUUUUUUGUAUCAUUAUUUAUUUUUAUAAUCAAAUUUGUAGACUCAGAAAACCCACAGCAAAAUGGGAAUGUUGUUGUACAUUGGAAAGU